AUGCCUCAUUUGAAUAUCCAUUUGAACCCAUACCCAAGUACUGGCUAUCAAAACUAUGCUAUCAGUGGAAAUGCAACAGUACACAAUUUGAAGACAUUCCCAGGAAUUGAUGUCUAUACCUUUGAUGUCGGUGCCGUUUUCAAUGGUAACAAGAAUGUUAUCAAUGUCAGAAUCCCAUUGCAAAGCUUGGAAGUAGAAGGAAAGUUCCAAUACCACAUUGAUGCAAACCUCCAACACAAUGCCCAAAACAAUCAAUAUAACUCUCUAGUAACUAUUUCAAACAAGAAAGAUAGAGAGACAGAGAUGUUUGAAGGAUUCGUAGCAGAUCUACUUACUCGUUAUCUUGGGAAGUAUAUAAAGACAUUGAAUACCGAGAAUUUAAAGAUUGGUAUUUGGAGUGGUGAUGUCACAUUAGAGAAUUUAGAGUUGAAAAAGAGAGCGUUGGAGAAUUUCAAUAAUCUACCGUUCACCGUUAAAGAAGGAUUUCUUGGUAAACUAUCGAUAAAGAUACCGUGGAACAAUCUAAAGACAGAGCCUGUCAUCAUCAUCAUCGAUAAACUCUACAUUGUAGCCACACCAAAGUCACAGGACGAAUGGGAUGAAGAAGACGAACAGGUCAAACAGACUAAAAAGUUGGAUAAACUAAUAGUCUAUGAAUCGUUAAAAGAUGAAAAGAAACAGUUAUUAAAUAAUUUAAAUAGUUCAACAAGCGGCAAUAACAAUAAUAAAUCUACUUCUACUUCGAAUAGUAAUAAUAAUAAUAAUAAUGAUAGUGAUGUUAUUGAACAACCACAAAGAUCAUCAUUUACGGAAUCAUUGAGAAAUAAGAUUGUAGAUAACAUUCAGAUUUCCAUUUAUAAUGUACAUAUCAGAUUCGAAGAUACGAUAACCAAUCCUUCGAAACCACCCUAUUGUUUCGGUUUGACACUGGAACAUCUCAAAGCGCAAUCGACCAACGAAGAUUGGCAACCUACUUUUCUACAUACUCCACAUACACUUGUACAUAAAUUAAUAACACUUUCCAAUCUAUCAGUCUAUUGGGAUACCAAUAUGGAGUCGCCACUCUUACAAUGCGGACACAUCAAUGAAUUAGUAUCAAAGAUGUCAAGUCUUAUUCAUUCGAAAUCCGAUUCGAAACCACUACACAACUAUCUUUUACAUCCUGUUUGUGGUUCUUUAAAAUUAUUGAUAAAUAAUUCAGUUUUACCAAAUAAACUGAUUCCAGCUUUCACUUUUAAUUUCGAAUUCAAUGAGAUCAAUUUGGAGUUGGAGUCACAUCAGUACGUUGGAAUCAUGGCGUUGGUAGAGUGGUUCUCCAUAUUGAAGAAGGGUGAGAAGUACAGAAAGUACAAGCCAAAGCAUGGCCUGCGCAACAAUAAGGAUCGUUGGAAGUUUGCUAUCUACUGUGUGCUGAGCGAUAUCAAAGAUCGAUUAUCAAAGUGGACACCCGGUUUCAUAGAGAAACGAAGAAAAGAUCGUUUAGAAUACAUUUUACUUUAUAAACAAAAGAAGAGAAAGAAGAUUUUGUCAGAAGUAAAUAAAUUAAGAUUGGAACAACUGGAGAAAGAAUAUAGAUUUGAGGAUUUGGUGUAUUUUAGAUCGUUGGCAGAUGCAGAGAUGAAAGGAGAGGAUUCUUUUAGUAAGGAGAAAUCAGCUUUGGUUACAUCUUCUACGUUGGGUGGAAGUAGUGGUAUUGCAAACAACAACAAUACUAAUAGUACUAUUAGUAGUAGUAAUAAUAAUACAACUGGAACAUCAUCAUCAUCAUCAUCAUCACCGGCUGGAACAAUUACACCAAACUCACCAUCUACAUCACCAAACUCUUCAUCGUCUUCAUCUUCUUCUGUAACAUCUACAACAUCAUCAUCAACCACAACAUCAAAUGUAAAUUCAUCUAUAUCAUCUACUCCUUCUAACAAUACUACCACUACAUCAUCUUCUACUAUUAAAAGUCCUAGUAGUACCGCAAGCGGUGGUGGCGGUUGGUUCGGUUGGCUUGGUUGGGGAAACAAUUCGAAAUCCAAUGUCGAUGACCAAGACAAGAUACUUGAGAAUCUAGAGUUUACAGAUGAACAGAAGCGUGAACUAUAUUCAACUAUUGAUUAUGAUGAACAUCAAGUAACAAAGAAUAUUGUUUAUCCAAAAGAUUAUGUUAAAACAAGAAUGAAUUUUACAAUGACAAAAGGAUCUAUUGCACUUAGAUUAGCACGAAACAAUAACAGUAAUAAGAGUGGAAAGAGAGAUGAUGUUGUCAUUGUUUUAUCCAAUGUGACAAUCAAACUGGAUAAAUUUGUUGAAUCAUUAUACUUUCAAACUAUUUUAGAGACCAUUCAUGUUGAAGAUAGAUUCACUGAGAAUACAGUUUAUCCUAUUUUAAUGGGUCCAUUAAAAUCAUCAUUAGUAAACUAUAAUCAUAAUCAGAAUAAUAACAAUAAUAGUAAUAAUAAUAAUAAUAUAAACUUUACAAAUUCAACAAGUAGUAAUAGUAUAUUUAAUAACAAUAGUACUAGUAGCUAUAACAAUGAUGAUUCCUCUAUAAUAGAGGCAACCGAUGAUACCGGUUCGGAGCUGAGUGACUAUCACGACACCAACGAAACACAACCACUCUUUGAAAUGUGGAUACAAGAGAAUCCACUCAACUCCGACGCCAACUAUUUCAUAUUCAUCGAAACACUUCCAUUGGAAGUUGUAUAUAGUAAAUCUAUUUUGGAUUCUGUUCUGGAAUUCUUUGGAAAUGCACCAUCAAAUACUUUGAAGGACAUUGAGGAGGCAGCGAGGAAUCAGAUAAAGAUAUUCAAGGAUAGGACUACACUUAGGAUUCAGUAUGAAUUACAGAAUCACAAGACUGUCGAUCUGGAUAUCAAUAUCAAUGCUCCACAUAUUCUGGUACCCGAGAGCUUCUCAGAUCCAGACGCACCGAUACUAGUGUUGGACUUGGGUUCUUUCUCACUGAACAGUUCAAACAAAUCUUCGAACAUCGAAGACUACUACAUUGACGAUGACGAUCUAGAUUAUAAUAAUCAUGUCGAUCAACAUGAAGUAGAAGAUAUUCAAGAGAUAUUAAAUAGAAAGAAACAACAACAACAAGAAGAGGGAGAAGAAAACAGUGAUAAAGAGAGCAAUAACAAUAAUGACAAUGAUAAUAAUAUCAAAGAGAGUGAUAAUAGCAACAAAGAAACCAAUAAUGGUGUUGGUAGUGAGAAUAGUAGUAAUGGAAUUGCUGAUAAUGAAAAUAACAACAUUAGUAUUAAUAUUGGCAACACUAACACUAACGCUGAUAAUAAUAGUAAAAGUGGUAAGAGUAGCAAUAAUAGCAGUGCCAACUCCAGUCCAAAACUAGAAAGUAACAACAGUCAUAAUAAUGGACACAAGAAUGGUAUUUUAGAUGAAGUGAAGGAUCCUUCAAAUCUUUUAAGGGAAAUUAGUGGCAGUGCUGGUGGUAGUGCUGAAAUAGAUGAUAGUGUACCAAAGUAUCUCUAUGACCUCUACGAACUUCAAUUAAAGAAUAUCCAAUUCUUUAUCAUAUCAAAUAAACAAUCACUACCACUUGUAAAUAGAUUCGAUAUCAAUUUUUCAAUAUAUAAAUGUAUAAUUCAAUCACAAACUUUAUUAACUAAAUUAAAAUUAUUUGGUGACUUGCCAUCACUGGAUAUUCAGCUGUCACAAGAGACAAUUGAAAUGUUAAUUCGUAUAUUCGAUUCAAUUGCUCCCAAUGAUAUGCCACCACUUCCAACUCCUCUCCAACCAACUACAUCCACGCCAACAGUUGGUAUGAAUGAUCAAACAACUGAAACUGAUAACAAUGAUAAUGCUAAUAAUGAUAUUAACAAUAAUAAUAACAAUGAUAAUAAUGGGGAAAAACAACAAUCAACAACAACAAAACCCGAAACAGCAUUCAGGAGUGAAGAGGAAACUCAAUUUGAUUUAAUCAAUACGAUUGAACAGUUGGAGUUGAAUCCUCAAGACCAACUACCUAUUCUGAUGGUCUACAAUACAAUCUUUGAAAUUGCCAUCAAAAUAUUGAAUUUACUUCAAUCCAAGAGUAGGAAUAUGAACAACAAUAGUAUUUCAAAAUCAAAGUAA